UCGCCGCCGUAAAGUUUGCGCGCGGCUGGCACGGGGCACGGGCGGCGAGCCGGCGCAGACCCUGAUGCGGCAGCGCCGUGGAGACCAGCGGCCGCCGACCGCCACCCGAGCGCGCAGAGGACGGCGGGGAAGCGCGGAGCCGAAGCCAGAGCGCCGGACCCAGCUGCUCUGACACUCGGCAGCCCCCAGAAGAGUGUGAGUGCCCAGGAGGACCCCUUUGCCCUAGCUGUGCAGCCCCAGCCAGAUGUGGGGGGCAGCAGCCCAGAGGCAUGCCCCCCACCUGGCCACGCUGCCCCCACCUCCUCCUACUGCUGCUGCUGGCCUGCCAGCCACAGGCCCCCUCCGCUCAGGUGAUGGACUUCCUGUUUGAGAAGUGGAAGCUCUAUGGCGACCAGUGUCUCCACAACCUGAGCCUGCUGCCGCCCCCAACCGAGCUGGUCUGUAACAGAACCUUUGACAAGUAUUCCUGCUGGCCAGACACCCCUCCCAACACCACGGCCAACAUCUCCUGCCCCUGGUACCUGCCCUGGCACCACAAAGUGCAGCACCGCCUCGUCUUCAAGAGGUGUGGGCCCGACGGGCAGUGGGUGCGUGGGCCCCGGGGGCAACCGUGGCGAAAUGCCUCCCAGUGCCAGAUGGACGACGAGGAGAUUGAGGUCCAGAGAGAGGUGGCCAAGAUGUACAGCAGUUUCCAGGUGAUGUACACGGUGGGGUACUCCCUCUCCCUCGGGGCCCUGCUCCUGGCCCUGGCCAUCCUGCUGGGCCUCAGCAAGCUGCACUGCACCCGAAAUUACAUCCACGUGAACCUGUUUGUCUCCUUCGUGCUCAAGGCCAGCUCUGUGCUGGUCAUUGACACUCUGCUCGAGACCCGUUACAACCAGAAGAUUGGUGAUGACCUCAGCGUAAGCAUCUGGCUGAGUGACGAGGCAGUGGCUGGCUGCCGGGUAGCUGCAGUGUUUAUGCAGUAUGGCAUCGUGGCCAACUACUGCUGGCUGCUGGUGGAGGGUGUGUACCUGCACAGCCUGCUGGGCCUGGCCACCUUCCCCGAGAGGAGCUUCUUCGCCCUUUACCUUGGCAUCGGCUGGGGUGCCCCCAUGCUGUUCGUCAUCCCCUGGGCAGUGGUCAAGUGUCUAUUCGAGAACAUCCAGUGUUGGACUAGCAAUGACAACAUGGGCUUCUGGUGGAUCCUGCGCUUCCCUGUCUUCCUAGCCAUCCUGAUCAACUUCUUCAUCUUUCUCCGCAUCGUUCACAUCCUCGUGGCCAAGCUGCGAGCCCACCAGAUGCGUUACACUGACUACAAACUCCGGCUGGCCAAGUCCACGCUGACCCUCAUCCCCCUGCUGGGGGUACACGAGGUAGUGUUCGCCUUCGUGACUGACGAGCACGCCCAGGGCACCCUGCGCUCCGCCAAGCUCUUCUUUGACCUCUUCCUCAGCUCCUUCCAGGGCCUGUUGGUGGCUGUUCUUUACUGUUUCCUCAACAAGGAGGUGCAGUCGGAGCUGCUGCGGCGCUGGCAUCGCUGGCGCACAGGCAAGGCACUGCAGGAGGAGUGCCACAUCAGCAGCCACACGAGCUCAGCCCGGCCCGCCGGUGGCACCCCCAGCGAGAAGCUGCUGCUCUCCAGGGGUGGCAGCAGCAACAGGGCCAGCCAGGACCCCUCUGCAGAGACCCGCUUGGCCAGCGGCCUCCCUGGGUUGGCUGAGCGCCCCUUCUGAAGCCCCUGGAGCCCCAGCUGGGGCUGGACUCAGGCACCAAGAGAGGGCAUCACUGGACAAUCCAGAACCAGAUGCCCGAUGGAAGUUGCCGGGUUGGGAGCUGGACAGCAGUCCCAUCAUCCACGUGUCCCCCAGGGUGGUGGUCUGAUGGGUGGGGCCUUCCCUCCCCACACCUGCAUUGUGCCUGGGGUGGGGGGCAGGGUGUGGUAUGGGGAUAGCUGUUCUGUGAAUGCAUGCCUUCGUGUCCCCAUGUGUGUUGGUGUGUCCAGUCUUCGAAGAAAUGUGUGUCCUCCAACAAUAAAGAGCUCAAGUAGUGGCUGCUGUGCACUGGAGAGC